UCUUGUUCUGAAUCACAAAGCAUUCCAAAACCAGAGAGAAUGGGCAAUUGCAUAAGGCACGAAUCAUCGACCGGACACGCCACCGACGGCGACUACUGGGAGGAUUUCCCGGCGGCGGAGGAAGGUGAUUCUUUUGGAGCAUCGAACAAUGUUAAGAAAACAACAACUGAGGUGAAGAUAAAGAUCUCAAAGAAGCAGUUGGAGGAGAUGCUUGGUAAAGUGGAGAUGAAGGAGUUGAGGGUAGAUCAGGUUUUGGCCCAAUUGAUGAACCAUAGUCAUCACUAUCACUCACUCCACCGUCCAUGGAGGCCUGCUCUUCAGAGCAUUCCAGAGAUCAAUUAAGAUCAUCUUAUCUUAGCUACCUAGAUUGAUCAAAUUGGAUGUCUCAGAGAGAGAAGGAUGUCUAAUUGUAUUCUGUAGGAAAAUUUAACCAGGGUGGGUGCUUACUUACCGUUUUUGA